GCGCUGCGCUUUACAUACAAAACGUGUAAAAGAUACGCCCGGCGCCGCCCAGCUUGUCUUUCCAUGGUCUUUUCAAUUGACAGUGACACGUAUCAGAUUUUUGCCUUUUUAACUUAAGCGUGACCGUACUAAAAUUAACUGAUAACGAUAUACUUUGAUGCUUGUAGUGACAGAAAUCCUGCUACAGUUAGUGCUGUUGUGCUCAGACCACUUUCGACCCAGCCCGUAUUCAUUGUAAAUAUUGACUGAAUUAUUGACUGAAUUGAAACAAACGCUGCUAGCAAAUGGGCAUCCAGAAAGUCUGUUGCAUUGGGGCCGGCUACGUUGGUGGACCAACAUGCUCAGUUAUUGCCUACAAAUGCUCUGAUGUUCAAGUCACUGUUGUUGACUUGAGUCAAGAACGGAUUGACCAGUGGAACUCCAAAGAUUUCAGUCUGCCAAUUUAUGAGCCAGCUCUGAAGGACAUUGUGCAGGAGUGUCGGGGGAGAAACCUUUUCUUCUCCACUGACAUUGAUGGUGCCAUUCGAGAGGCUGACCUUAUCUUCAUCUCUGUUAACACACCAACAAAGACAUUUGGUAUAGGCAAGGGGCGGGCACCAGACCUGAAAUACAUAGAGGCAGCAGCCAGAAGAAUUGCUAAAAUUACCACUGUGGGGAAUAAGAUUGUUGUAGAGAAGAGCACAGUGCCAGUCAAAGCAGCUGAGAGUAUACAGUGCAUCCUUCAAGCCAACAAGAAGUCUGGUUGCUCGUUUGAGGUACUUUCUAAUCCGGAGUUCCUUGCCGAAGGCACUGCUAUCAAGGACCUUUUGAAUCCAGACAGGGUACUGAUUGGUGGAGACGAGUCUAAGUCUGGGCGUCAAGCUAUGAAAGACCUGGCUAGCGUCUACGAACACUGGAUUAACAAAGACAAGAUUAUACUCACCAAUACCUGGUCAUCAGAACUAUCCAAAUUGGCUGCUAAUGCCUUUCUAGCUCAACGCAUCUCUAGUAUCAAUGCAAUGAGUGCCAUCUGUGAAGCAACAGGGGCUGAUGUAUCUGAGGUUGCACAUGCAGUUGGAAAAGACUCACGCAUAGGACCAAAAUUCUUGCAGGCUAGUCUGGGAUUUGGUGGUAGCUGUUUCCAAAAGGACGUCUUCAAUUUGGUGUACUUAUGUGAGGCUCUGAACCUACCUCAUGUGGCUGCAUACUGGCAACAGGUUAUAUCCAUGAAUGACUAUCAGCGACGUCGUUUUGCCAGCAAGAUCAUCAACUGUUUGUUCAACACGGUGACAGACAAGAAAAUAGCAAUCUUGGGCUUUGCUUUCAAGAAGGAUACUGGGGACACUAGGGAAUCCUCCAGUAUCUACGUCAGUAAACACCUGAUGGAAGAGGGUGCCAGACUGAACAUCUAUGACCCCCAGGUUGACCCCGACCAGAUCCUGAGUGAGCUUAAGCAUCCAAGCAUCUGUGAUGACCCAGAGAAAGUGGAUCGCCUUGUAACUGUAUUCAGCAAUCCCUAUGAGGCCAUCAAAGGAACCCAUGCCUUUGCUGUUUGCACCGAAUGGGAUGAAUUCAAGACCAUGGACUACCGGGCGGUAUAUGACAGCAUGUUGAAGCCUGCAUUUGCCUUUGAUGGUCGUCGCAUCUUGGACCACAGCCUUCUACAUCAACUGGGAUUUCACAUAGAGACUGUGGGUAAGAAGACGCUGAUCAGUGGUGUGAAUGGCUAUGACUAGAGCCUUAAUCACUCAGUACUGCAAAUUGUCAUGCGACACCGAGUUAGCAACGACUAGCUUUAUCAAAUUAAAAACUUUUCCCAAAUGCCUCUUUCUCCUAAGAAGAUAAGGUUUUGUUCAUUUUGAAUCUGUUUCUCAUUAUUUGAUGGCCGUUUGUUCAUAUUUCAGUACGGGAAAGUGCUGAUUGCUUUUAUAGGACAAUCAAAUUUAUAGUACAUGUACAUUCCCUUAAAGUAGGGUGGAACAAAACAUCUUGUUAUGCCAUGGAAUAAGUUUCUGAAAUUUCUUUGGUUGAUGACUGUUGACAUGACAUAUCAGAAGUCAUGAGAGACAACCGUUAUUGUAAACUCACUUGAUUACUAUGCGUGUAGGGUCUGCGUUUCUCGUGUCAGGGAACUGCAACCUCUCAUGGCAUGUCUGGCAGGAAAAGCUCACAAUCACAAGGUUACACUGCAGCGAUUUAAUUCCUUUCUUGCAUAGUGAACUACAAACCCUUGUCCUGAGUGUGCAGAAACCCCCUUCCUGCUUUAGGUUAAUCAGCCCUCUUUAAACCCCAUCCCAAGGUUUGCUUCCUUUAGGCCCCCCCCCCCCCCCAACUGAUGAACAGCGCCACCUAGGGUGUCCAGUCUCAUGUGCAUUAAACAGCAGUGUCACGUGUUGUCAACAUUCCCCUCCCCUUUUUUUCAAAUUGGUGACCCCAUGUCAUGAGCCCCAUCUCCAGACUGAUUUCUUGAUAUGCUUGUGAAGAACGAUGUAUUAAAAACCUGUGUACACAUACCGAUACAGUGUCGAUAUGACUGUUUAGUUAUGAUUCAAACAUUGUAUAAUUGUAUCAUUGACAGACUAAUCAGUGUAGUAAUUAUCAUACCUUGUGUUUUUCAAGUAAUAUAGUGUUACAGAAUUUAGUGGACUUUUGUACAACGUACACUUGAUGUAAAGAGUGGGAAAGUCAAACAAAAGUAAAAUGUAUUGGAGUAGUGCUGGAUAUCUCACACAGCUGAUUGAAUAAGAUAGUUUAGAAUGGAUGUGGAUUUUCUACAAACUUUGAUAGUGUGUAUUGAUUGGGAGGUGGUCUGGCUAUUUUGUUGAAGUGUAUUCUGGUACAUGUACAUGUAUGUCUUAAAGGGUUUAAACAUUUCUUUAGGGGGUGUUAGCUUUGUUUGCUUUUGUGUCAAUGUUGGAAAAUACUGUUGGUUGAAUUUGAACAAUCAUGAUAGUUUAUGUAAAUUUAGUACAAAUUGGUUCAACUAUGUGUAUAAAUUGAUUCCAGCAAAAGUGCCUUGGUUGUGGUUUUUAUCUUUUUAAAGUUAAAAAAAAUUAAAACUUUGAAUAGCUGUAAUAAAUCUAUUUUUAAAACAGUUGUUUCAGCAUUUAUUGUCUACUUUGGAAGUUGUGUUGGAAGAAGUAAACAUAAUAGGAACUUACUCCUGCGUGUUGUACGGAAUGGCGCUUGCAUCUUAGAAUAGCUCAAUACCCGGAGUGCGGUAUGGACCGUGGCCAUGCUACAUGGUUAUAUGUAGCACAGCUUGUUUUAUUGCAUUCUGAAAGAUUUAUUGAAAAUAUAUAGCAUAACAAUUCACCCGUGUAGAUUGCUUUCAGAAAUCUUCAAACAUUGAACAGGAACAUGCUUCUA